AUGUUCUUAAUAGUUGCUCCUCUUUCUGUCCUCUACAACUGGAAGGAUGAAUUGGACACCUGGGGAUAUUUCAGAGUCACUAUUUUACAUGGAAACAGAAAAGAUAAUGAACUAAUUCGUGUAAAGCAGAGGAAAUGUGAAAUUGCUCUAACAACUUAUGAAACACUGCGCUUAUGCCUGGAUGAACUUAACAGUUUGGAAUGGUCAGCUGUCAUUGUGGAUGAAGCUCAUAGAAUCAAGAAUCCGAAAGCUAGAAUAACAGAAGUUAUGAAAGCUUUGAAAUGUGAUGUCCGCAUUGGCCUCACUGGAACCAUUCUUCAGAACAACAUGAAGGAACUGUGGUGUGUUAUGGACUGGGCUGUGCCAGGCCUUUUAGGGACCAGGACCUGCUUCAUGAAGCAGUUUUCUGACCCAGUAGAACAUGGUCAGAGACACACAGCAACAAAGAGAGAACUAGCCACUGGCCGAAAGGCCAUGCAAAGACUUGCCAGAAAGAUGUCUGGCUGGUUUCUCAGGCGCACCAAGGCUCUUAUCAAGGAUCAGUUGCCUAAGAAGGAAGACCGGAUGGUGUAUUGUUCUUUGACAGAUUUCCAGAAAGCUGUCUAUCAAACAGUGUUAGAAACAGAGGAUGUGACUUUGAUACUUCAAUCUUCUGAGCCUUGCACCUGUCGGAGUGGCCGAAAAAGGAGAAAUUGUUGUUAUAAGACCAAUUCUCAUGGUGAAACAGUAAAAACCUUGUAUCUCAGUUACCUUACAGUCCUUCAGAAGGUAGCUAACCAUGUCGCGCUACUGCAGGCUGCUAGUACUUCCACACAACAGGAAACACUUAUCAAAAGGAUAUGUGAUCAGGUAUUUUCCAGAUUCCCAGAUUUUGUGCAGAAAAGCAGAGAUGCAGCCUUUGAAACACUUUCUGACCCUAAAUACAGUGGAAAAAUGAAGGUCCUGCAGCAGCUUUUAAAUCAUUGCAGGAAAAACAGAGAUAAAGUUCUUCUCUUUUCUUUUUCCACCAAGUUGCUUGACGUGCUACAGCAGUACUGUAUGGCGUCUGGGCUUGAUUACCGACGACUUGAUGGAAGUACAAAAUCAGAGGAAAGACUCAAGAUUGUAAAAGAGUUCAACAGUACACAAGAUGUUAACAUUUGCCUUGUCUCUACAAUGGCUGGUGGACUAGGCCUCAAUUUUGUCGGUGCCAAUGUUGUUGUAUUAUUUGAUCCUACUUGGAAUCCAGCCAAUGAUCUUCAAGCCAUUGACAGAGCAUACAGGAUUGGACAGUGUAGAGAUGUCAAAGUGCUUAGGCUGAUAUCCUUGGGAACUGUGGAGGAAAUCAUGUAUUUACGACAGAUAUACAAGCAGCAACUUCACUGUGUGGUGGUUGGAAGUGAAAAUGCCAAACGAUAUUUUGAAGCAGUUCAAGGAUCUAAAGAGCAUCAAGGAGAGCUUUUUGGGAUCCAUAACCUCUUCAAACUGAGGUCCCAAGGGUCUUGUCUUACAAGGGACAUUCUGGAGAGAGAAGGCCAAGUGGAAGCAGGGGUCAUGACAGCCACGGCGUGGUUGAAAGAGGGGCCUCCAGCGCACAAACUGGAAAUGUCUGGAGAGCCUGACUGUCAGGAAUGCAGAGGUCCAGAACAAGCUGCAGAACCACUGGCAAAGGAAGUGUGUGAUCUCUGCAGGGACUUCAGUGAUGAAGAGGCAGUGGGAGCCGCAGGAGUAAAGACUGCCAAAAACAGAGCACCCGAUUCAAAUAAAGCUUCCAGCUCUCCAGGACAGCUUACCUUACUCCAGUGUGGUUUCUCGAAAUUGUUUGAAACAAAAUGUAAAGCAGUUGAGGACAGUGAUGGAAAUACUGCCUCUGAUGAUGAAAGUUCUGAUGAGCAGCCGACAUGCCUUUCAACAGAAGCCAAAGAUGCUGGUUGUGAGAAAAAUCAGGACUCUCUUGGUACUUCAAAAUAUCAGAAAUUAGAUAACAUCCUAAAUCCAAAAGAAAAGCAUAUUUUUUAUAAAAGUGAGAAGACUUUAGAACAGAAUAUUUCUUCUAAGUCUGAUGAGAAAAAGUUUAAAAAUACAGAUAAACAUUGCAUUUUACAGAAUGACACAGAAUCGGAAGAUAGUGAUGUCAUCUGUCCUACACAAUACACAACUGAGAGGUUCCCCGACAGUAGCGUAAGGUGUAAGCCACCCUUGGAGGGUUCUGAGGGCUCUGAAACAGAACACUCUGUAAAAACAGGAAAUAAUGAUAACGGUCGAAAGACUGAUGACAAAAGAAAUGGAAUAAUUUCAGAAAAGUUAAGUCCUGAGAACACAACCCUGAAAUCUAUUGUGAAAAGGAAAGGCACCAGCGAUAUCAGUGAUGAAUCUGAUGACAUUGAAAUUUCUUCCAAGUCAAGAGUAAGGAAGAGUUCAUUGAGGUUUAAGAGAAUAAAGGAAACCAAAAAAGAACUUCACAAUUCUCCCAAAACAGUGAACAAAACAAACCAAGUAUAUGCAACAAAUGAGGAUCAUAACUCUCAGUUUAUUGAUGAUUAUUCAUCCUCAGAUGAGAGUUUAUCCGUCAGCCACUUCAGUUUCUCUAAACAGAGCCAUAGAGCAAGAACUGUAAAAGACAGAACCAGUUUUUCUUUAAAAUUGCCUAGCCAUAAUAAGAAAAAUAGCACUUUCAUGCCGAGAAAACCAGUGAAAUGUUCAAAUGAGAAAGCUGUCAAUCAAGAGCAGUCAUAUGAAUCAAUGGAUAAAUUUUUAGAUGGCGUUCAGGAAGUGGCUUAUAUUCACUCAAACCAGAAUGUGAUUGGAUCGAGCAAAGCUGAAAAUCACAUGAGCCGAUGGGCAGCACAUGAUGUAUUUGAGUUGAAGCAGUUUUCCCAGCUGCCUGCUAACAUAGCUGUUUGCAGUUCUAAGACAUAUAAAGAAAAGGUGGAUGCAAAUACAUUGCCACACACAAAGAAAGGCCAGCAACCGAGUGAAGGCAGCAUUUCACUUCCUCUUUAUAUUUCACACCCUGUGAGCCAAAAGAAGAAAAACGUCUACCGUACAAACCAGACCACCUUCAUAAUUGGAGAAACACCAAAAGGAAUCCGCAGAAAACAAUUUGAAGAAAUGGCCUCUUAUUUUAACUCGUCUUCUGUAAACGAAUUUGCUAAACAUAUAACCAAUGCCACAUCAGAAGAACGACAGAAAAUGCUAAGAGACUUUCAUGCUUCUCGAUAUCCAGAGGUAAAAGAAUUUCUUGUGGAUUCUGCAUCAGAAUUCAACAAUUCUUCCUUUGAGAAAGGAGAGUGCACCAGAAAGAAAUCCGAAAAAAGAGGCUCUCUUACAAAAGCAAGGCUGCCAGAUUCUGAAACUUUGUCAUUUCAAGAUUCUACCAACAAAAUUUCUCAAGUUUGCAGCCUAAAAACAUAUAAAAGAAAAUCAGUUAAGUUUCAGAAUCAUAGUUCCUGUAGAGAAGAGGUGUAUUCUAAUGAUGCAGAAACUAAGCAGUCACCUGUUAGUUCUACUCAAGAGAUUGACAGUGGGAAAACCAGCCAAGCAUCCAAAGAUACUGUGACAUCCCGUUCUCAGAACAGUGAGUCUGAAACACAUGAGAGAAGGUUAGAAAAUACCAUGAAAGACAAACGGGACCUCACAAGAAUGGGCAUUUCAAGAAAAGAACCCCUUCUGAAAUUGGAAAACAAAAAGAUAGAAAAUCCAGUGCUGGAAAAUUCUUCUGUGAUAAACUUACUUGGUGAUACCUCUAUUCUUGACGACCUUUUUAGAAGUCAUGGGAGCAGUCACACGCAACUGCCAAAGAAAGUUCUUUCAGGGCCCGUGGAAAAAGCAAAACAGAGACCAAAAGAUUUCUGGGACAUUUUGAAUGAGCAGAAUGAUGAGAGUCUUAACAAACUCACAGACUUGGCAGUAAUAGAGACUCUGUGUGAAAAAGCACCUCUAGCAGCACCCUCCAAAAGGAGAGAAGAGCCAGCAACUCCUCUUUGGAAAUCAAAUGAGAAAUUUUUAUGGAAGAAAUUUAACUCAAGUAGUACAGAUGAAAACACAACCAAUACACAGAGUACUACAUAAGUAUAUAAAUGAAUUACUGCACCAGUGAACUGCUGCCAUCACUGUUUACAGCACUGGAUUCCACACUGAUUCUAUUAUCUUGAACACAGUUGUUGACAUAUAUUUUUAUUAAAUUAUUGCUUUAGGAUUUUUUAAAGUCUGAAGUAUUAUCAUGGA